AUGUUAAAUCAAGGGGAGGUUGUGAAAUACCUUUUAGGAAGAGAUGCCGAACUUCAUGUGACGGACAAGAAGGGUGACAGUGUUUUAUUCUGGGCAGCAUUGUACAACAACAUCGAUCUGCUGAAGAAAUGCUUGGAUGAUGGACAAAUAGACCCCAACGCAAAAAAUUCAUCUGGCCAAACUGCAUUGCAUGUGGCAAGUGGAUUCGGAAACUUUGAAGCCGUGAAACUUCUACUCGACCAUCACGCAGAGAUCGACACAAAAGAUAAUCAAGAAAGUACACCUUUGCAUAAUGCCGCAGAAUGCAACCGUGCCGAGGUUAUCAAAUAUCUACUGGAACAUGAAGCAGACAUACAAACUAAAGACUGCGAUGAACAAAGUCCAUUGCACCGUGCCGCAUCAUCGGGAAGUAUAGAUUCAGUCAAAAUGUUGGUGAAAAUGGGAGCAGAUAUUGGUGCAAAGGCAAACGAUGAGUCUACCCCCCUCCACUUAGCCGUGGCUGAAUUCACAGGGGAUCCCGAUUUGGAUUUUCUAAACAAUGCUAAAUGUGUAGAGCACCUUCUAGACAAAGGAGCCGAUAUCAACGCACCUGAUGUCGUCGGUUACACGCCUCUUAUCUUCGCUGUCGCUAAUUCUGUGUAUGACUGUGCAGAAAUCCUCAUUUCAAGAGGUGCAGAUAUGGACGCAAAGACAGCUCGAAAAUCUACAGCCCUUCAUAUAGCAGUCAGAAGUGGUCAUUCAGAGAUACUUCAAUUGAUUCUUAGUCAGAGCAGCCAGACCGAUGAACAGACAAAACCCCGUUUAGAAGCUGUCAAUAAGGAUAAAUGGACACCGCUACAAGAAGCAAUAUGCUAUGUAAACGUGGAAUGCGUGCGGCUGCUCUGCGAUUAUGGUGCAAAUUUGGAGGCACCCUCAAUCAGUGGAAAAACGCCUCUCUACAGAGCCGUUGAAGUGGAAUCUGUGGAAAUCGUGAAACUUCUCUUGGAAAAGGGCGUAAACAUUAACGCAGGUGCAAAGCUGUACGGAAACGCAACUCCUUUUCAUUUGGCUGUCGAAAAGGGAUAUCGAGAUAUCGUAGAACUUCUCAUCGAACGUGGACCUGAUUUAGACGCACGGACAACAAAUGACUACAACGUUUUUCACGUCGCCUCAGAAGCUGGACAAGAACAGUGCCUGCAAAUUCUUGUGGAUUAUGUCAUAGGGACAGAUGGCGGAGAUGGCAGCGAAGCGGAACAACACUUAGAGCAUCGUUCGCUUAUAGAUUCUACUGUGAAAACUAAACUGACACCUCUGCACUGCGCCAUACUCGGAGGCCACUUGGGAUGUGUUCAGAUUCUCUGUGAUGCUGGCGCAAACGUUGAAGCCCAGUCGAUAAGCGGGAAAACCCCCUUGCAACGAGCUACUGAAAAGAAACACGUUGAUAUUAUGAAAUACCUUCUGGCGCUGCAUGCUGAUGUCAACAAAGCCAACAAUACUGGCAUCACAGCGCUUCAUAUAGCUGCAUCAAACGGUUUAGCAGAACCCCUUGGAACUCUUUUAGAAUACCAUGCAGAUGUCAAUGCACAGUCAAACCAUAAUUCAACCCCGAUACUCUUAGCUGCUGUGUACGGCCACCAGUCCUGUGUUGAAAAGCUGAUAGCACAUGAUGCGGACCCCAUGAAGAGGGAUAAUGACGGUGAUUCCCUCGUUCACCAUGCAGCACUAGGUGGCAGAUUAGAUACGCUAGAGUACGUACUUGAUCUUGACGGAAUGUCAGAACUUAUCUCAUCGAAGAACAACGCCGGGCAUCUUCCACUACACUACGCUGCGAGAGAAGGCAACAAGAAUUGCGUAGAACUUUUGCUCGCUCUAGGAAUGAGUCAAGAAGAAGGAGAAGAGUCAAACCAUAAUUCAACCCCGCUACUCUUAGCUGCCGAGUACGGCCACCAAUCCUGUGUUGAAAAGCUGGUAGCGCAUGGAGCAGAUCCCACUAAGCGGGAUAAUGACGGGGAUUCUCUCGUUCACGUUGCAUCAUCAGGAGGCAGGUUAGAAACGUUAAAGUACGUACUAGAUAUUGAAGGAAUGUCAGAACUCAUCUCAUUUAAGAACAAAGCAGGGCAUCUCCCUCUGCACUGUGCUGCAAGAAAUGGCAACUUGGAUUGCGUCGAACAUUUGCUCGAACUAGGAGUGAGUCGAGAAGAGGGAGAAGAGAGCUGCUCCUUCCUUGAGGAACAAGACUGUCAGGGAAAAACGCCACUGCAUCUGGCCGUAGAAGGUGGAUUUUCCCCCGUUAUUGAGGCCUUGAUCAAAGCCGGAGCAGACUUGAACAUCCGAACCAAUGACGGAAAAACAUGUCUGCAUAUGGUUGUAACACUGUGGGGUGGACCGGAAAAUCCUGACAAGAAGGUCCAAACCACCAAUGGUUUCGAGCCGGUUGUAUCAAGAUAUCCCGAGUACGAGCCGCUCAGCGAGAACGAGAAACUUCUUCUCUACCUCCUCGACAAGGGAGCCAUAUGUACAACGUUCGACGCGAGUGGUGACACACCAAUACACCUCACUAACACACAUAGACUCUGGCAGCUAGUUGUAUCAGGAAUACCGGAAGAGGAGCGCAACGCUCUAUUGGAUGAAUUGGAUGUUGAGUCAAAAAGGAUAAAGCGGACAGUGCAACAAGUUAUUGGUCCGGAAGGGGGCGAAAUACAUCUCAGUCGGUAUGGCGUCCACUUGACUGUACCAGCAGGUGCACUUGACAAAGACCAAGAUAUAUCUAUGAGACUACUCGAAACUUGUCCAGUUCCGGGCAUCCAAGGCGAAGAGAUGAUGGCAAGUUUUGGCGUUGAACUCAAACCUGGGGGCUUAAAGUUUAAGCUUCCUGUUCAAUUACAACUGCCCCAUUGUGCCAGCGUUGUCAACACGGAUGAUGUAACAAAUUCUGUAAGGUUACGAGAUGCAGACAAGAUUGGAGAUGAACAGCCCUUCUUUGUUAAAUGGACCAAUGGGGAUGUGCAUGUUUGGGUGAUGAACAAUAAGCGUGAAGAGGAAGCUGUGGGAUAA